AUGGACUCCUCUUAUUGUGGUGAUUCGUUGAUGGGGGUUUCCAUUGCUGUUAUGCCCGUCCAGAUCCUCCUUGUGGCCGGUCGGUUCUAUACCAGGCGUGUUCAAGGAAUUGCGUGCACGGCGGACGACUAUUUAAUGAUUCCCGCUAUGAUAGGAAGCCUUGGACAGUCGGUCCUGUUUAUAGUGUUACUCAAGAUUGCGGGACUGGGAUACCAUUUUGAGUACAUCCAGAAAACGGCACCCGACAAACUCGUCGCUCUGCAAAAGGGGAUAUUCGCCUCCCAGAUCAUGAAUUAUCCCUUCAUUGUGACCCCAGCAAAAAUCUCAAUCCUCCUCUUCUACAACAGGAUCUUCCGCACCCCGAAAUUUCAUGUCUUGUCGUACGCCAUGGUGUCCAUCCUGAUAGGCACAGGCGUUGGCGUCUUCUUCUCCGCCAUUUUGCAAUGUUCGCCCGUGCAAUUCGCCUGGGAUAAGAGCAUAAAGGGAGGAAAGUGCUUCAAUCAGACCGCUUUCUUCCGCUAUGUCUCCCUUCCACAGAUUUUAACAGAUGCCGUUAUCCUGAUUAUGCCACUUCCGUUUGUUUGGAAACUGCAAACAAGAAUGAUGCAAAAGGUUGCGCUGACAGGCGUGUUUCUGCUUGGAGGGCUCGGAGUUCUAGCAAGUAUCCUCCGCAUGGCUAUCUUCUUCCAGGAGGAGAUUCUAAGCGAUCCAACUUGGGUCUCAGUCAAGCUGGGCAUAUGGUGUGUCUUGGAAUCGGCCAUUAUCAUUAUCGCUGCUUCCCUCCCGCCGGUAUGGCCGCUGGUGGCACGAGUAUUUCCUCAAAGGCUCACGAGGUGGAAGCGAAAUGCAUCUAAUCGUUCGAGACAAUUCGGCGGCGUACCGGGCGAUAUCGCACUGAAGCGCACGAGUAAUGGGUUUUCGCGAUUGGGGGAGAGCGAUAGUAGCAAAGGUAGGUUGGACAACCCAGACACGGAUAAUAGUUCUGUGAGGUAA